GGACACUCGAACUCAGUGUGAGAUUCAUCUAGUGACCAGUGGCCACAUAGUGAUCAUCUUGGAGAAAUCGAAGCUUUACAGAAAAAUAAGCUUCAAGGAUUAACAUAGGUCCACCGACCUACUAUACUUGUAACCGAAAGCUGAAGCGGCUAAUUUGUCGUCUUCGUUACAGUGUAUUGCCUUUUCAGAAUUGCUGUCCCUAAUUUUUUUUACCCUUUCACAGCUCUUAGUAGUGAUUUAUGAGUAAAGUUUUGGUUUUUACUUGUAUAGAAUGAAUUAAAAGUAUCUCUGAUUUGUCCGAAAAUAGAACCUAACCUAUUUUUCCUCAAUCUCGUUACUUUACAUGAGCAUCGUUCUCAGCUGCUGUUCAUUCGUCUUGUCACUUAUGUUCAGCAUAUUUGCACGUCAAAAAAUGUGUCUUUGGUUUUCAGCAACAAAAAUGAGUCAGUCGUUUGUGGUAAUAACCAUUUUAAUGUCUGUAGUGUGUACCCAAGCUACUAAUUCUGUUCUUUGUAGGAAUUUCGGGUAAAAAUUCCAGUUCCGGAUAAAUCUAGGGUAUUUAAUUUCUUUUCAAAACGUACCCUGAAUCCCAAAAUUUAUCGGUCUUAUCCCGAAGUUAAAAGGUUCAAUGCAAAUUCGCAAAGUAAUUUGUUACAGUCAUGCACAUAUUCAACCGAUUCUAGUCGCCAGUUCAUUUCGCAAUUUGUCGACUUCAUCUCAAUUAUUCAGGAACCAGCAGCAAAGAUAUCGUGAGGCUAAAGUAACUGUAAAUGAAAAGUCGAAGAGUAGACGAGAUGCUGCCCGUGAACUAUUGAUGAAAACAAAUAGGACGAAAUGGGAGCAGGAAAUGGCUAGAUUAAAUAUUUUGAAAGGUCGAAUUCCAACUUCCGAUGCUUAUUUAAUGUCUGAAUUUGAGCCGAAAAAAUACAGUUUGUCAGAAGCUGUUGAACUACUGCGUGAAAGUGCUCACCCGGAUAUGUAUGAUUGUAUGGAUAAUCCAGUUCGGGUUAAGGUUACGCUCAAUAUGUGUACGAAGAAAAAGACAAGAUUCAUUCCGAAAUUUCAUGGUAACCUCGUUCUACCGAAUUUAUUGGAUUUUAUGCCUGCUCAUCGAGUAUUAGCUAUAUGUCAAGAUUCAGAUGAUCAUGAAGCAUAUAUAACUGCUGGCGCUUAUGAUGCUGGUGGGUCAUCACUUAUCCAACGUAUAAGUCAAGGUCAUUACCAUUGGAAUGAAUACGAUACUGUUGUCGCCCAUCAAAGUUGGGAAAUUCAGGUGACAAAAUUACGACAUAUUUUAAGAGAAAGACUCCCAACAAUAAAAAAUGGUAGAUUAGGUGAUGAUGUAAUGAAACUGAUUUCAAUUAAUUCGCGUAGUACUCAACUGGAAUCAACCUCUAUUGAUGGAGUUCCUGAAAUCGGAUUACUGGAUAUAAUUUUGGGUCAGCUCUCAUGGGAUUUUAAUCGAUUAGAAGAGAAUUUACGUAGUUAUUUGGAAUGUAUUGAAUCACAAAAGUCAUCUAGAAUUAUAAAUGAUUUCAUCCAAUCAGGUGAAAUUCAUUGUCCACCGACUGGUGAACGCUUUAUUUUAGAUAUUUCUCAAUAUUAUUCUCUUGAUGAUAAAUCUAAAAGCCAACAACUCGUAAAUGAAGAUAUUGACGAAGAAAAUGAAGAUGAUAAUGCAAUUGACAUGAUGAGUACACAAGUAGAAAAACAACAAAAUAGAGAAGAACUUCAUAUUUGAAUGAUGCGACCUCUUGUUAUAACUGAAUAACACCUAAUGUAUGUGUACAUAUUAUUGUUAAAAUACAUUGUUUUUCAAUUGUG